AUGACGUCAACGCACGCACUUCUUUUUACGUCGUGCGUCAGCAAGCGGGGUGCCCUGGACUUGAGUGACAGCCGGUGCUGUGACAUCAUCACCGACAUGGAACACGCCCAGUCUGGUUGUAGGUUACCUGGACGACCCUUCUGCCACAUGGGAUGGAUGGAGAAUGGAUCCAGCAACUCACAACUGGAGAUCCAUUGGGUCUAUGUCUUGGAUGAGGAUGGCCAGAGACUGCGCCAGCAGAGGCUUGACAAUCAGUGGAAUCUCUUGAAACAGAAACAGAGACGGAAACGACAGGAUAUUCUAAUGGUUCAGGCUAACCCUGAUGCCAAGGUGAAGCCCAGGCAACUAAAAAAGGCUGAAGAGCAGUCAUCUUCAUUUGAAACACACAGUAUUAAUGUGCUUGCAGACUUUUCCAGUAAGAUCCCUGUGGAGGAGAUUUCCAGCACCCAGCUCCGUUUAGAGUCUCUUGAUAACGGGGACUGCUCACUUCUGGACCGAGAUAUUCACGACAUGGCUGUAACUAACAAGGAAGAGGCGUGGAAUCUAGAAGAAGAUGUGCUGGAGGUGUCCGUGGAGGAACUGCAGGCGAAUGUUGCGGAGGAUCCACAGAAUCUCUUCGAGCUGUGUGAACACCCAGCGGUAAAGGCCGAGAGAGGACUGAGAGUGAAGAAAGAAUCAUUAGACAAUGACUUGAAGGUGAUUGACACCGGGGCCAAACUCCAAACCCCUCUGAAGGUGAAAUCACGAACGGGAGCAAAAGGAGAGAAAAGGCAGCGGUGGAAAGAAGCCAGCAAUGAGAUCGUGGCCUUUCAGGAAGAGGUGGAGGAGAUUGACAAGAAGGUUGAAAUCUUCACGGUGGGAGACUCGAGCGAGGAUCAGGAGGAACCCGUCACUGUGCCAGCCUCGGCGAAGAGGAACAGGCGGAGGAAGAUGAGAGGCGCGAUGUCCACUGCGACACAGAAGAAGCUCGUUGAUAAGGAGCCUGAUGAUGAGAAGGAGAUAGAGGAGGAGGAGGAGACAGAAGAGGGGGAAAGCAUCUCUCCACAGAUCAGCAGCGAACAACCAGACUCUGUCCCUGCUAAAGUCUCCUGUGAUGAAGUCUCCAGAACUGAGAGUGUCCUGAUUAAAGUGGGAAAUCUGGAAGAAUUUGCAUUCAAACCUGCACCCCAAGGAACCGUUGUGAAAUGUCGGAUCACACGGGACAAAAAGGGAAUGGAUAAGGGAAUAUUCCCGACUUACUACCUGCACAUGGAGAGGGAUGAUGGGAAAAAGGUUUUCUUGAUGGCUGGUCGCAAACGCAAGAAGAGCAAAACGUCCAACUAUCUCAUCUCCACAGACCCAACGAACCUGUCCCGUGGCGGAGAGAGCUUCAUUGGCAAGUUGAGGUCCAAUGUGUUUGGGACCAAAUUCACGGUGUUUGAUAAUGGCGUGAAUCCAGAAAAGACCCCCAUGGUGUCGGAGUGCACAGCCAUCCGCGAGGAGAUAGUGGCCGUCUGCUAUGAAACCAACAUUCUCGGGUUUAAAGGGCCUCGGAAGAUGACUGUGAUUAUUCCAGGGAUGAACAUGGAGAACGAGAGAGUUUGCAUUCGACCGAAGAAUGAACACGAGACUCUGCUGACCCGCUGGCAGAAUAAGAACAUGGAGAACAUCAUUGAGCUCCACAACAAGGCCCCGGUCUGGAAUGAAGACACUCAGUCCUACGUCCUGAACUUCCACGGCCGAGUCACCCAGGCUUCCGUGAAGAACUUCCAGAUAAUCCAUGCCAAUGACCCUGAUUACAUCAUCAUGCAGUUUGGUCGUGUAGCUGACGACGUGUUCACAAUGGAUUAUAACUACCCUAUGUGCCCCCUUCAAGCCUUUGCAGUCUCUCUUUCUAGCUUUGACAGCAAGUUGGCUUGUGAGUAG